AUCAGGUAUUUAUUCGAUCGUUUCUCGAGAAACUGACAUUUCGGAACGAACGACGCCAGUAACCAGAUAGAACAGCCAUGAGGAUUGCGGCUAUUACACGAGAACUUGCUAUAAUGCAACAACAUUUACCAAAGGUCAUGUUUUAUAAAGCAGUAACUACUGUGAGAUCAGUAAGUUCGAUUGCGCCGCGACACGUUUAUUCGCAUGAUGGCGAUAAGAAGGAGGACCAGGCGUUGCUGGCACCCAUCAAUUAUGUUUAUCAAGCUUGUUCAAAAGAUGGCAGAUUGGAGUUCAAUAAUGCUUUUAAUUACUGGCUCAAAGUACCACAGAAUAAAUUUGACGAAAUCCAAGAUCUGGUACAGAUACUUUAUAAUGUUUCGCUCAUGAUCGAUGACAUUCAAGAUUCCUCAACUUUAAGAUCCACGGUCCCCGCUGCUCAUCAUCUCUAUGAGAUGGGCGCUACGAUCAUUUGUGGCCUUUAUGCUAUUAAUAUAGUUUACGAAAAAAUUAAUGCUUUGAACCAUCCAGAGGCAUUGCGUGUAUUUCUCGAUGUGAUGAACACAUCGUACAGAGGCCAGGGUAUUGAAAUCUACUGGAGAAAUAAUUAUAUUUGCCCAUCUGAAACAGAGUAUCGGAAGAUGGCUGAUGGAAAGAUUUCACUAUUUGUCAAGAUGUUUGUUAGCCUCUUGCAGCUGUUCUCUAAUUGUAAAGAAGACUUUGCACACUUAUUAACAACCAUAAACAUUUACUAUCAAAUUCGUAAUGAUUACUUCAAUCUAUAUCACAAAGAGUUCACAACGGAUUCAAAUUUUGCCGACGACAUAUCAUCAGGGACUUUUACUUUCCCUGUCAUACAUGCUAUACGAAAUCAUCCAGAAGAUCAGCAGAUAAUACACAUUUUGAGGCGACGGACGAAGGAUUUAUGCAUGAAGCGAUACUGCAUUGAACUACUAGAACAGUUUGGAUCCUUCGAUUACACAAGAGCUACCCUUGAAGAAAUGGAUAAACAAAUAAGAAAAGAGAUUCAGCGUUUAGGAGGUAAUCCUCUGUUAGUGAAAUGUAUGGAUGAUCUACUGGAUUGGAAGCAGUGAAACGCUCCGUACAAAUGCAGGAAAGUUACAUGUUGAUGCGUUGACUAUCAUCCUGAUGAAAAUCUCUUAGAGGAAAUUUUUAACAUUUGUGGCAGCAGUUAUUUUUGCAACUCCAUUAGAAACUAUCGAAUCUUAUACAUAUAGCAGUCCCAGUAAUAUUAAGGGUAUGAAUCUGUGUGUGUGCAUAUAUGUCCAGAAACAUUUGUGUUUGGCGCCAGCGACACUGCAGACAUUGAAAAAAUUUUAAAUACAAAACUUAGUAGUUUUUAACAUUGUAUACCACCGACAAACCAUUAAAUUCUUUAUUCAACAGUUUUUCGAUAUUCCUUAUGGUUUCAGAGAUACUAGCAAAAAUAUAAAUAAUCGUUAACAAUAA